AUGAAGCUCUCGAAUCCGGGGACCGUCCCCGUCUAUACCAUCUCCGGGGCGUCGACCGCGCGGCCGCUGCCGGACUGGCUCGCCCGCCGGCGGAAGCGCAGCCUCAAAAACGACCCCGAGUACCAGAACCGCGUCGAGCUGCUGCAAGACUUUGAGUUCGAGGAAGCCAGCAGCUGUGUGCGAGUCAGUGAGGAUGGCCAAUGGGUCAUGAGCACCGGCACCUACAAGCCUCAGAUCCACGUCCACAACCUGCCGCAGUUAUCCUUGUCCUUCAACCGGCACACCACCUCUCUAAACCACUCAUUCGUCCUUCUGUCGCAAGAUUACACAAAGUCGCUGCACCUGCAGACAGACCGAAAACUCGAGUUCCAUACCCCGAUGGGAUGCUACUACGAAGUCAGGAUACCCAGAUAUGGUCGCGACUUGGCCUACGAUCGGCAAGCCACCGAGGCCCUGAUCCCAGCUGUUGGUCUUGACGCCGAGGGCAAGGGCGAGGUGUUUCGCAUGAAUCUUGAGCUCGGGCGAUUCAUGAAGUCAUACCAGGUCGAAGUCGGCGGCGACGACGAGACUCAAGGUGGUCUGCAAGGAGGCAUUGGUGUUGGAAGCGUCAACGUCGCGGCCAUUGCUGAAGACACGCACAACCUGCUUGCAUUCGGAACAUCAAUAGGUACCGUGGAAUUUUGGGACCCGCGCUCCAAGUCAAGAGCGGCCCUUCUCGCCGGCCAUGACGGUGAGGUCACGGCUCUGGACUUUAGCUGUUCGGGCCUGUCUCUCGCGACUGGGUCUUCGACGGGUAUAGUCCAGCUCUUUGAUCUACGGCGCCCGGUGCCUUUGCUCCAGAAGGAUCAUGGCUACGGAUUCCCCGUCAAGAAGCUCAUCCACAUGACCAACUCGUCUCAGGAGAGGAAGAUCAUGUCUACCGACAAGCGCAUCAUCAAGAUCUGGGACGAGCUCACGGGAGAUCCAUGGACAUCCGUCGAGCCAGUUGUGGAUAUCAACGACGUGGCGUGGUGCAAAAACACCGGCAUGCUUCUCACGGCCAACGAGGGCAAGCAGCAGCAUGCCUUCUUCAUCCCCCAGCUUGGUCCGGCCCCAAAGUGGUGUUCAUUCCUCGACAACAUGGUCGAAGAGAUGGCCGAAGAGGUGCACACGGAGACCUACGACAACUACAAGUUCUUGACGUUGCCGGAACUGAAGCAACUCAGCCUGGCACAUCUGAUUGGAAAGACGAACCUCCUUCGGCCCUACAUGCACGGAUACUUUGUUGCAUCCAAGUUGUAUGAGCAGGCCAAGCUGAUUGCCAACCCCUACGCUUGGGAGGAUGAGAGGAUGAAGCGCGUCAAAGAAAAGGUCGAAAAGGAACGGGCCAGCAGGAUCAGGGGCAGCAAGAAGGUCAAGGUCAACCAGAGACUGGUUGACAAACUCCUCAAGAAGCAGGAGAACAGAGAUCAAGUCGACACAAAGGCCGGUCUUCUCGGAGACGAGCGAUUCGCCAAGAUGUUUGAGGACGAAGAGUUCAUGGUGGAUGAGACCAGUCGAGAAUUCCAACUGCUUAAUCCAAGCACGGUUGUCAACCAAAGUGUCGAUCCCGGAGCUCCGACGCGAUACCAAGCCAAGGACUCCGACGAUGACUCCAGCGAUGAUGAUGCCGAGCCCAUGGCAACAACACGCAAGCCGCGGGAUGAGCUGGUCAUGCAGGUGUCUUCUUCACAGAAUGGUGGAGCAAACCCCCGCGACACUGCCUUGGGCUCGAGGCAGCAAAAGUCAAAUCGUGGAAGCAGGGCCCAACAAGGCGACGUGGUCGGAGAACGACGAGUCACAUUUGUCCCCGAAUCCAAGAAGAAGCAACAAGAGACGCCCGCGCCGCGGAGAAGAGAGACAGGCACCCGGCGGAGUGCCAGCUCCAACACUUUUAGAAAGAUGUAA